AUCCAACAUGGCCAAUCCUGAUGCGACCUGCUGGACAGUCGUGUUCGAUGACGCGCAGGAGUUGCCCACGACGGCAGAACUCAGACAGGCUCUUGAGAAGGGCUCGGAUGAUGUGAAGCUCGAAACUCUCAGACGGAUCAUCAUCGCGACACAAAACGGUCAACCGCAACCAGCCCUCCUUAUGCCAAUUAUUCAAUAUGUUCUUCCCUCCAAGAACAAGGCGCUUAAGAAGCUCCUGCACUUCUACUGGGAGGUCUGCCCAAAAUACGACGACAACGGGAAGCUGAAGCAGGAGAUGAUCCUUGUCUGCAAUGCCAUCCGAAACGAUCUCCAGCAUCCUAACGAAUACGUUCGAGGAGCAACGUUACGAUUCCUGCAGAAGUUGACAGAUGCCGAACUGCUAGAACCGCUUGUGCCGACCGCGCGUGCGUGCUUGGAGCAUCGGCAUUCAUACGUCCGCAAAAACGCAGUUUUUGCCAUCUUAACCAUUCAUCGCAACUUCGAGCAUCUCGUGCCGGAUGCACCGGAGCUAGUGCAGACGUUCCUGGCGGCGGAGUCUGACAUGACCUGCAAAAGAAAUGCCUUCGUCUGUCUUUCUCAACUGGCACCCGAAAAGGCAGCGGAAUACCUCCUGAGUGUUCUAGAUCAAGUUCCAAACUUUGACGAACUCCUGCAGCUCAGUGUUAUCGAUUUCAUUCGUCGCGAAACGAAGGACUCAGAUCCGUCACGUCGUGCUCGGUACAUUCGCUGCAUCCUCGAACUUCUGAACGCGACGAGCCACUCUGUGAAAUACGAGGCAGCCACUGGCCUUACAUCCCUCACCCAGAACCCGGCUGCCGUCAAGGCUGCCGCAUCCUGCUUGAUUGAGCUGGCCGUGAAGGAGUCAGACAACAACGUGAAGCUAAUUGUGCUCGAUCGCUUGGAGACACUUCGCGCCAAGCACGAACAUGUCUUGGAUUCUCUUGUGAUGGAUAUGCUUCGCAUUCUGUCGAGUCCGGACAUGGAAGUUCGGCGGAAGGCAAUUGGAAUUGCUCUCGCAAUGAUAACAAGCCGGAACGUCGAGGAUGUUGUAUUGUUCCUGAAGAAGCAGCUGUCUCGCACCUUGGACAACGAGUUUGAGAAGAACGCGGAGUAUCGCCAACUCCUUAUCCAGUCGAUCCAUGUUUGCGCCAUACGCUUUUCCGAGGUCGCUGCCAAUGUCGUCCACAGCCUCAUGGAAUUCCUCGGUGAUGCCAGCAACUCAUCUGCCAUCGAUGUUAUUGCGUUUGUCCGCGAAGUCGUAGAAAAAUUCCCCGGAUUGCGCAAGAGUAUCGUCGAGAAGCUCAUGCAGACCUUCGGAGAGAUCAAAUCGGGCAAGGUUUUCCGAGGCGCUCUCUGGAUCGCCGGCGAAUAUGCCUCGGACACUGACGACAUUUUGGAGGCGUUCCAAGAGAUUCGCAAAGUCCUAGGCGAAAUUCCCAUUCUUGCUUCCGAGCAGCGCCUACUGGACGAGGCGGGUGGAGAUGAGGAGGCCGGACAGAGUCUCGAUGGAACUGCCGCCCCGCACAAGCCACGACUAUUACCGGACGGUACCUACGCUACCGAGACCGCCUUCUCCACUACUGCCGCACAAGCUAGGCUGGAGGCUGUUAAGGCAGCUGCAAAGCCACCUCUACGUGCCUUGAUCUUAGGCGGUGAUUUCUACACAGGAGUGGUUCUUGCUACCACCCUGACUAAAUUGGUCAUGCGUUUCUCCGAGUUGGCAAAGGACAAGAAAAAGGUCAACGUUCUGCGUGCCGAAGCCAUGUUAAUCAUGACCUCGGUUGUUCGGGUUGGACAGUCCAAGUUUUCGGCUGUUCCUAUCGACGAAGACUCCCAGGAACGGAUACUAAAUUGCGUCGAGACAUUGGCACAACUGGCCAAUGAGCCCGUCGUGAAAGAAAUUUUCCUGACGGAAACUAAAGCUGUUUAUGCCAAGAUGGUCGCCACUGAGGAGCGGAAGGCUGCUGAGAAGAAAGCCAAAGAGACGAAGGCGUCUGCUAUCCAAGCCGACGAUCUGAUCACGUUCCGCCAAUUCUCCAAGAAGUCUGCCCUGGAUGGUGUCGAUGAUUACGAGCAGGACGUUACGCGUGCUACGGGCUCGGCCGAGACGUCUGAAGAUCUCAUCUCCGACCUAAGCCGUGUUGUGCAAUUAACAGGAUUUUCUGAUCCAGUUUACGCCGAAGCACUGAUCAAGGUCCACGGCUUCGACAUUCUGCUCGACGUCCUCAUCGUCAACCAGUCGAGCGAUACUCUGCAGAACAUGUGUGUAGAGUUUGCAACGCUGGGCGAUCUCAAGCUCGUGGAGCGGCCAACAACACAUACAGUGGGUCCUCACAGUUUCCUGAGCGUCAAAGCGACUAUCAAGGUGUCGUCGACGGAGACCGGUGUGAUCUUUGGAAAUAUCAUCUGGGAGGCGGGUACAAAUGAGGCAUGCGUGGUACUGAAUGAUAUCCACAUCGAUAUCAUGGACUACAUCAAGCCAGCGUACUGCAGCGAAACACAAUUCCGCAGCAUGUGGACCGAGUUUGAGUGGGAGAACAGGGUGAAUGUCAACACCACGAUCACCGAUCUCCGGGCAUAUCUGGCCCAUAUAAUGAAAUCUACAAAUAUGGCGUGUUUAACACCUGAGGCGGCGCUGUCUGGCGACUGCGACUUCUUAUCGGCGAACAUGUACGCUCGGAGUCUGUUUGGCGAAGACGCGCUCGCCAAUUUGAGCAUCGAGAAGGUCGAGAGCACAGGGAUCAUCCAAGGCCACGUACGGAUACGGAGCAAGACGCAGGGCAUCGCUUUGUCCUUAGGUGACAAGAUAACUCUUGCACAAAAAGCCAUUCCGGUAGCAUAGAUCGUUUUCAUUAUUUGUAUACCCCCUUUCAUAUGUAACUUAC